CUUUGAACGCCGAUCCAGACCAGCAAAGUGACGAUAACAGAAAAACAGAAUUUCACAAAAGACUGACAAUACGGCCCGAAGAGCAGCGUUUAUACCUCAGUUACUCGCCGUACAUUGAUAAGCCGUGUCCCCUGCUGCUCUUUUGAAAUCGGAGGUUGAUAUUUUUGGGGUAUUUUACAUGAGUCGUUAGCUUCUCCCUGCAAUGGCCUCCGACAGCAACAUGGACAGAGAAAUGAUACUGGCCGACUUUCAGGCAUGUACCGGUAUUGACAAUAUUGCAGAGGCGAUCACACUUCUAGAACUGAACAACUGGGACUUGGUGGCAGCCAUCAAUGGAGUGAUACCACAAGAAAAUGGGAUCUUGCAAAGUAAUUUUACCAGUGAAGCAUCUCAGACUGGCCCCUACGGGCCCCACAGUGAACCUGAAGCCACAGCACCUACACCUUCAGUCCCACCUUCAUCAGCAUCAUCAUCUUCCUCACCCCCGUCCUCCUCCAGCCCUGCCUUCUGCCCCGUCUUGCCCUCUCGGCACAUCGUGGAGCGGCAGCCGCGGAUGCUCAACUUCCACGUGGAGUAUAGGCAGCGCUCCGUAGAGGUGGUACUGGAUGAAGGCAGCACAGUCGGUGAAAUUAAACAGGUUUUAGGGACUGAGCUGCAGGUUCCUGUGUCUAAAAUGCAGUUAAAAGGCUGGAAGAGUGGAGACGUGUCUGAUAGUAUGGUUCUUAGGAGUUUACACCUGCCCAAGAACAACAGCCUGUAUGUGCUCACCCCUGAUAUUGCACCUUCAGCCAGCACCAGCCAGAGCAGCAGCGGCCAGCAAGGGUCGUCAAAUCAGAACUACCUGCUUGUCAUUAGCCACCGCGAAGCACAGAGAGAUUACAGCCUCAACUUCCCCGCCAGCAAAACUAUCCAGGAGGUGAAGAGGAACGUUUCAGACCUGACAAACAUCCCUGUGCGGCAUCAGCAGUGGGAUGGCUGGCCUGCCUCUGCUUCCGAUGACUUGAUGACUCUGGCCGCCAGUGGAAUCAGUUACCCCUGCCAUCAUCUGAGUGUGUGUAGAAGAUCUUCCCCAGCUCUCACACUGGACCAAACAGACGAGUGCACAGAUGUCCACAUGGUCAGCGACAGCGAAGGGGAUGAUUUUGAGGAUGCACCUGAAUUUGGUGUAGAUGAAUCUGAGAUAUUUGGCAUGGGAAGCUCAAGUUGUCGAAAGUCUCCAAUGAUGCCAGAGAACAGUGAAAAUGAGGGCGAUGCCUUACUGCACUUUACUGCUGAAUUUUCUAGAAGAUAUGGCGAGUGUCAUCCAGUGUUCUACAUUGGCACCUUGGAAGCGGCGUCUCAAGAGGCCUUCUUCGGCAAAGCCAGAGACAGAAAACUGCUGGCCAUCUACCUCCACAAUGAUGAGAGUGUCCUCAGUAACGUGUUCUGCUCCCAGAUGAUGUGUGCAGACUCCAUAGUGUCAUAUCUCAGCCAGAACUUCAUCACAUGGGCUUGGGAUGUUACUAAAGAAGCUAAUAAAGCCAGACUACUCACAAUGUGCACAAGGCACUUUGGCAGCGUUGUAGCCCAGACCAUUCGGACGUACAAGACUGACCAGUUCCCAUUACUUUUAAUUGUCAUGGGCAAAAGGACAUCAAAUGAAGUUUUAAAUGUUAUUCAAGGCAACACAACAGUGGAUGAGCUCAUGAUGAGACUCAUGGGGGCCAUGGAGAUCUUCACCGCACAGCAGCAAGAAGACAUCAAAGAUGAGGAUGAACGUGAAGCCAGAGAAAUGGUCAAGAGGGAACAGGAUGAAGCUUAUCGUUUGUCUCUAGAGGCUGAUCGUAAAAAGAGAGAAGCGCAGGAGCGAGAGGAGGCGGAGCAAGUUCGUCAGGAGCGAAUCAAGAAGGAGCAGGAGGAGGAACGAGAGGCUAUCCGUCUUUCAUUGGAGCAAACACUGCCACCAGAGCCCAAAGAGGAUGAUGGAGAGCCAAUCAGCAAGCUGCGUAUCCGGACGCCUAGUGGCCAGUUUUUGGAAAGGCGAUUCCUGGGCAACUGUAAACUCCAGGUCCUGUUCGAUUUCGUCGCCUCUAAGGGCUACCCAUCCGAUGAGUUCAAACUGCUCACCACCUUUCCACGCAGAAAUAUAACGCAGUUAGACCCAGCAUGGGAUCUGGUGGAGGCCAAACUCUUUCCUCAGGAGACACUUUUCCUGGAGGCCAAAGAGUAGAACCCAUCCAGGAUGAGCGUGAAAAAGAAUAAGCAAAGAACUUUUAGCAUGAUAUCCACAGCGACCAGACACACACCCACACACACUAUCACACAUGUUGCAGUGUAUCUGAAUGCUGAGUGUACAUUUUAUGCGCACUGAAGCCUUCACUAGCACAUGGAUAAACACUCACUCACAUAACUGCAGUGUAAUGUUUUUUGUCCACCCAAAUGUAAGAUAACCGAAAAGAGAAGAAAAACAAAUCAUGCAAAUGUGUGGAAGUCUAAAACAGCCAGCCUCACAGACAAGGGCUUCGCUCGGUGGCUGCUUUUUUAGACAUGUUUUGUGUUGAAAUGAAAGAAUAUCAAUAAAUAAAAACAACAACAAAUAAAUAGUCAAACAAAGAGGCAUUUCCUGGAGAACGCUGGACCAUGUCCUAUCCACAACACUCACCAAGAGUCCCUGAUUCUCAGCGUAGCCCUGGAGAGCCCUUCAUCGCUCAGAGCCAUGGCUUCUUCUUGACACCCAAAUUGAUCAUAUUUGGUUUUAACCUCAACUGCAUUUGUUUAUUUUCUCAUUUUUUUCCUUUUUAAAUUUGAUGCUGUAUUAGAUUUAGGUUGAUAUGCAUUAUAUAAAGAAUAUAUGAACACGCAUAUGUCUUCCUAUUCAAAUUUAAUUUUUUACUUUCAUGGGUGGGUGAUGUCUAUCAAAUCAUGGCAUCUUCUAAAAAGCUCAUGAACUCUUUGUAUUUAUGACAAGAGAAGAUGUUUCUACUGGACAUCAUUCAUUUAAACAUGGAGCUGCUGAUAAAUUAAUAUGAUAGGAGAGAAGGGAUGCCACUUAAGUGGUUUCCUCUGGCUUGAUCUAAUACAACCCAAUCAGAUUAUUGUUCCAGUUUACUGGAAUCUUGACUGUUAUUGGUUGAAAUUACAAAAUGGAAAUAGUACAAAUGUGAUCACCGAUGAUGCAAACCAACUGUGGCUAAUGGUGUGAUUCACUAAGAAGUGUUUGUGCCCGUGGUUCAGAUACAAACUUUUAUUUCCAUUUAUUUCUAUUGUUCAUGAGAAUAUAGUUGUAUUUAACCCAAUGGCGUUUACGUGAUUGGGACUAAACAGAAUAUUCCAUUAUCAUUUUAAGCAACUGGAUGAAUGCUACACUCCACUGCAGAGAUGUUGAAAUGGAUAUAUUGAUCUGUCUAUGGGAAAAACUGAUCUUCUUGUUUUUCAGCAGAGCUUUAAGGACGUCUUUUAUCAGUAUUAUCUGCCAUCAUAACUACCUUUGCUCUGAAAUUAAAUGCUGUUUGUGCUCUCUGCAGCUAAAAUCAUGUCUAAAGUUUUAAUGAGAAAUGAAAAAUGAGACUAAAGAGAAACUGAAUGUGUUUUAUAUACAUUUCCAGCAUUUCCUCUUGCAGUGUCUUUAUAAACGAACUUUUUUUUUACCUGAUGGAGGGAGAGGUCUUUCUAUCCUGGGGGCUGUUUCAUUCAUGUGUUGCUUUGGCAUUUCUCGUCAAGUUCUCACGCAAGGAAUCUGAAUGUUUAAUAUGUGCAUCGAGUCAUACUUCCACUGCAGAUGAUAUGCCCUGAGAAAUUAUGAAUCAUUCUCUUCCUCUCCCACUCUCUUUGCUAAAAGUGAACUUAUUAACUCAAACAUUGUGGUGUUCUUCAUUUUAAACGAAGGAUUUAACCCUCUUAUUCAAAGUGACCACAACAAACUAAAUUAUAGCUUUCUUGUGAUUCUUCCAGCAUUGGCCAGAUGAUAAACCAUUUUAUGCGAUCAGCUCUUUAUGUGUUUGUCAAAAUGAGCAUUCAUAAAAUGUAUAUGCUACUGUUUACUUUUUUAUACAGUUGCCCCCAAAAGCACUUGGACACUUUAGCCACUCUUAAAAAUUGAUACUUUUUUUAUUACAAAAUAUCAAACCAAGUUCUAUUAAAAAACCAAAACGCACAAAUACACU